UUCAAAAUGGCCUCAUUUCCGGUGGCGGCGACAAGACGCGGGCGCUAUGUGCGCUGCCCGUUUAUGAAAAUUAAGAAUUAUAAAUUUAGAUAGCUUUGUGUACUUUAGUAUUUUUUGUUUUCAAUUGAAAAUUUGUCUGUUUGAACCAUGGGAAGACCAGAGUUCAAUAAUUCUCGAGGUGGAGGCGGAGGUCGAGGUGGCGGAGGCUUCAGAGGUGGUCGCGGCGGCGGCGGAGGCCGAGGUGGCAGAGGAGGCUUUGGAGGAGGUGGCGGCGGCGGCAAGUUUGAGAGGCGAGGCGGCGGUGGAGGCCGGGGCUUCGGUGGUCGCGGCGGAGGAGGCCGUGGUCGAGGUGGCGCCGGCGGCGGCAGAGGCGGUUUCAAAGGUGGAAAACAAGUUAUAAUUGAACCACACAGACACGCAGGGGUGUUCAUAGCAAGAGGCAAAGAAGAUGCGUUGGUUACAAAGAAUUUGGUUCCUGGUUCAGAAGUUUAUGGAGAGAAAAGAAUAUCUGUUGAGAACGAAGGAGAGAAGAUUGAAUACAGAGUGUGGAAUCCAUUCCGGUCGAAAUUGGCUGCAGCUAUAAUGGGGGGCGUGGAUGCUGUUCACAUGCCGCCUGGCUCCAGGGUGUUGUAUCUUGGAGCCGCCAGUGGAACCACCGUCAGCCAUGUGUCAGAUAUUGUUGGACCUGAAGGGCUAGUGUAUGCUGUAGAAUUCUCACAUAGAUCAGGAAGGGAUCUAAUAAAUGUAGCUAAGAAAAGAACUAAUAUAAUACCCAUUAUAGAAGAUGCAAGACAUCCACUCAAAUAUAGAAUGUUAGUUGGUAUGGUGGACACAAUAUUUGCAGACGUCGCACAACCAGAUCAAGCCAGAAUAGUCAGUUUGAAUGCACAACAUUUUCUCAAGAAUGGAGGACACUUUGUUAUCUCUAUCAAGGCCUCGUGUAUAGACUCAACGGCACAGCCUGAAGCAGUAUUCGCCUCUGAGGUCAAGAAAUUGCAAGCGGACAAACUGAAACCCCAAGAACAGUUGACCUUAGAACCCUACGAGCGCGACCACGCCGUCGUAGUUGGUAUAUUUAGACCGCCGGCUAAGAAAACGUAGUGCUAAUUUUUAUUAUUAUAGGUAUAUUGAAAAAACUAACUAACAAAAGUGUGUUGACUAAAGCAAAAUAAACCUUAGUAUGAGAUUUGCAUAGACAUAAUUUGUUUUGAGACAAAAAAAUACAGGAUGCUCGAGAGAUGCCCAUAACUUCAAUUUUUUUUAACUAAAAAAUAAAAACUUUUUAUGUUUUCAUACAAAGUAAUUCAAAUAAUUCCUGACUAUCCAUGUAACACACGCCUUUAUCUAUCCUUGCAGUUUAAAAUACGUGUAACUUAGCUAAGUCAUAAUUAUAAGGAUGCGUAUAAGGGACACAUUUAAGAUCUAUUUACCUUGAAAAUAUUAAUUUUAGAAUACAUAUUCCUUGAACGUUUUUAAAUUAUUUUUGGUAAAGUAUCUUACCCCAGAGUUAUGGAAAAUACUCCCGAGCAACCUGUAUAAAGACUAAAUAAAUAAAUCUGGUUAUUAAACAGUUAGAAUACUCAUAUUAUUUUUAAAGGUUCUGUAGUCGACAACAAACCUUAGUUUCGCCAGGCCUGGCGCACUCCGUGUUUUAGCGCAAUCGUGCAUGGUACAUGGUCGCGGUACCCUGAGGGUGACUUAAACAGGCGAGUGUCGCCGCUCGGAUCGGACGCUUUUGCACACGCUCCGCGACCGUUCGUUAUCGUUCGUCGUUCGUAAUAUUAUUAACCAAAAAAAAAAAAUAAUGGGAAAAAAAUAUUUUUGUGCAUUUAUUUGUCUGCCUAAGUAAUAAUAAGGAUCAGAGACUCGCGUUUUUCAAACUUCCAAAGGAAAACCUUUUUAGAAAGGUAAUAAAAAAAAUAUUUUAAGUACGUACUUAAUUAAUAAUAUCUACCGAAUAAUUACAUUGAUUUUCUUGUUUAUGUUAGGGUUGUAAUAUUAUUAUGGUAGGUAUAGUUAGGUAGCUAGCUACCUCCCAACCUAUUUUCGUUUAAGAGGUUAUUAAUAUACCUAAAAAUAUAAGUUUGAUAUAGUAUAAGGUAGGUAAGAAAGAAAAUUUACCUAGGGCAAACAUUGUAAAUCGAGACGAAUAUCUUAGCAUUCCAUGGAUUCACCGUGCAUGUGCCGGGUCCAUCGCGUGGUAGAGAGGAAAACUCUGAGCUGAGUCCUGGACUUGUGACUACAGGAUGUAGGGUAAAGGAAUUUCUUGAUGAUCAAUCAACACUCCCCGUUCUCUGCUCGUGUUGUUCUCUCUGCCGCCACAUUUGAUAUGAUCCUAUUAAGAGCAGCUUUGGAUACUCGUUCUAAUAUAGAACUAGCUCUACUUUGAAUAUUUUAUGUAUUGUUUGUCCAAAUCUCAUGCUAAGGAUUGUACAGUUGACUAUAUUUUUAUAUUCCAGAGUUAAUAGUAUUUGUAAACUACUAAAAUGUUUAGCAGAUUUACUGUCGUGUGCCGAUUUUCGAGUGCUUAUCGGGGGUAGAGGAGAUUGCCUACAAACUGACUUACUUGCUCCCUUUAACACGUUCGCUGCGGAACUAGGUCAAUUGACCUCGUAAAGUUUUACGAGGUCGAUACACCUCGUUCCUCACCACAGAAAGUUUAAGUACGAGGUCAAAAAAGCUCGUUCCGCACCGGGGGAAAGUACAGAAAAUUCAAUGCUGCAGCGAACGUGUUAACUUUUGCGAGUGCUCAUAAACCGUGGCGCGACUUAACUGUUUAAAACUCCGAUUAAACUCUAAAACUCAUUUUCAAACUCUUGACAUAGGUGUCAACAGCGCGACCGUUAUUAACGGAGCCAUCGUCUUUAAAUCGAUUUUUUAUUGAGAUUCUAUCAAAAACGAAAUUCAUAUACAUAUUUCAAGUAGGCUUUAUUUACAAGCACUUUCGAAAGGUAAAAUUUGACUAUUUGUAUUGACUAACACCGGUUCGGAAGGCAGGUUUUGCUUAGGAGCUGGCAAUAAACUCUACUGACGAUCAAGCGAUCUCACAUGCCUGCAGCGCAGCAUCGUUUGUUGCUCGCGAUCGGCAUGAUGUCAUGCACAUCACAACCAACGCACGAUUUGUUUUAUCGGCUGUCAAGCCUUUAGCGCUGUGCAGGCAUGUGAGCGAUUACUUGAUCGUCAGUGGCUGACGUAAAGUUGCUGUUUUAAAAUCAUUCUUUACAAUGUUUAGUAUUAGUACAUAUAAUAAUUGAUUCUACUACAUGAAUAUGAAAGAUCUGGGAUAAGGGCAGUGAAAAAAAAUAUCUAUACCAUAACCAAUAUUUUAAUAUUCAGCCUUCGUUAAAUUCGCUAUUUAAUACAGCCUGCGUCCUUAGGCCAUAAAUGCCUUUACAUGAUCCUCGCCUCGGUUAAUAACGGUCGUGCAUUGUUUAACUCAUCACUAUUGAAUUCGAAAUGAAGUUUCAUAUGCAUAAACAUGAAAAAUAUACAGCCUUUAAAUGUGAGUUUACCUCCCGUGAUAAGUAUAGAUUGUUUUUAUGUUAAGUGGCGUGUAAGUUGUCUGGAGAUGUAAGAUGAUGUAUGUUUAUAGUUUUAAGAAAUAAAGAUGGUGCGAAUGAG